AUGAACAGGACAUCUAUCUUCGUGGCAUCGUCUGUUUUUGUGGCGUCUGCGUUCACUCUGUUUUGUUUCUCGAGACUGUUUCAAAGACCACAUGUUAAGAAAGUCUCAUUCAAGCCAUCAGUGCCUCGUUUCUUAGUAGGCGACACGUCACUCCCUAAAGUCAUUGAAUUCGACAAGGAGAACCUAACACUUGAUUUCUGUACGUCCAUCUGUACACUGAUCAAUAUAUCUGAUUAUGACACAAGACAGAAGCUUAUCAUCAGUCUUCAUCAAGCUUCAUCAUUUCGUCGGAAUUUUGAUGUCAUUAGGGACUCCAAGUGCCUAGAACUUCUUCUAUCUCUCCUAGAUUCUACCUCAGGGACGUUACCAGAACGCCAGCAAAACUUAAACAUUCUUCACGUCGUUAUGAACCUGGCGUGCGAUCAACAAAAUUUUCCAAUCAUAAAGGACCAUCUCGAUGAUAUUUUAUUAAUAGCGAAUGCAGUGGAAUACAGUGAUCAAGCAUGCGUUGGUCUUCAGGUCCUGGGUAAUAUAGCAUUAACUCCAGAUGGAUGCAAGUUGCUACGUAAUAAAUGUGGUUAUCUCUGUAAUAUGUUAAAAAUGCGAGAUCCAUACGUUUUACGAAAUCUACUAGUAGUUUUUGUGAAUCUGUCCUGCGACAUAGAUUGUUGUGACAAAAUUCUUACACAGGAUCCUGAGGAAUUUAUGAAAACUUUAGAGUACUCAUUGUCUUCGAGUGCACCCAUAUCAGUUUCUCUAAAAAUGAUCGCUCUUCUCAAUAAUCUAUAUUCCCGGAUGAUAGAGACGCAAGAAACUUCACGAAAAUCGUCUGAUUUCUCACCCUCUUCGAAGUCUAUAGCUAAUUCACUUAAGAAUAAUUGCACUCUAGUUAAAUCGUGGAUUAUUUUCUUGAAGUCUUCAAUAAAAGACCCGGGUGAACUCGAAUUUCAUUUGCAAAAACUUUCAUCCUCUUUGGUAAAAGUGGAAAAUUUCAACAUUGAGUUAUGA